AUGAGUUCACAGUUAGCAGCUGCUGAACAGCUUUCUGAAUGUCUCUCAAAACAAAUGUCCAUGCUGAGUGUAGAGUCACCAGUAAAACAAAAGAAUGUAAAGAAGGAACUUUUUGAUACAAUUGGAAUCCCCUAUGAUGCCUCUUUUAGCUCACCAGAUGCAACAAAAGUUGGUGAUACCCCUUCAUUGAAGAAACUUUUACUUUCUUCGGGUUCUGCUGCCACUAAAGGUAAGUCUAGGAGACACCAAUCAAGUGAUUCAGAAACUUUAAGGAGAAGGAGGGACUCACUUGAUCAGAGCUGGGCUAGUUUUGAGCCUACAAAAACAACUGUAAAAAGGGUGCUUUUGCAAGAAACUCAGAAGAAAAAUGUGAAUAAAUCGUCCUUGUUGAAGGAUAGGCAGCAUUUUAGUCCUAGAUUCGGGGACAGGUCUGCAGUUCACCAAGAAGACUGGUCAUCCCCGUCAUCCUUGUUGCACCCGUUGGAAAGCGAAGGCCUUCAGUAUGGAUUCCCCAAACAGGGGUUUGAGGAAACACAAACUGCUCCAUUUAAAUGGGCCACUAAUCCUCCACCACCAUCACAGCCUCUGGCAUUGCGUUCUCCUACAUUGCAAGGUAACAAUGCAAUGACAGUAUCAGUUUCAUCAUCCCUGGUAUCACCACAAGCAAGAGAAAAACAGACCAGGGAAGCAUACAGUAUGACUGCAGAUAAAUCAGCGAGUAUGUUUUCUCACAUUGAGAAGUCUGAUUCUGUUUUGAUCAAUGAGAACAGGUUUAUUCAGCAAACUGAAACUAACCUAAAUAAAAAAUCAGCAGUCUCUACAGUGUCACCAACACAGACAUCUUUGGUUCCAAAGAAACCAAAUGAGGUUCCUGUUUCCACUACCAGUAAUGCACUUGUAAAGUCAGCAAUUCAAAGUGUAAAACCUGGACCAGCAAACACAAAAGGUUCAUUUUCUGAAUCUUUUAGUAAAAAUUAUGAGCAUCCAUUCGCUUCCUUAGGUGCUUCUCCUGUGGCUUCCUCCCUACCUGGAAAAGUUCCUCAGAUCAAUGUUGCGACUAGCAAAAGCCAGCCUAGCGAAAAAGUUUCAUCUUCUCCAGCAGUCUCCAUAUCGCUUUCAGUUUCAUCAUCUCUGAUGACCAAUAUAUCAGCAAGCAUCCCAUCAUCAAUAUCUGCACCAACCUUGUCUUCGGCCACGCAAUUGAGCACAACUUUAACCAGUUCUAAGGUCACCGCUGACUCUAAUCGAGUGGUUCCUUCAACAUCCUUGUCAUCCACUUCUUUCUCCCCAGCUUUUGCUUCUUCUGGUUCAUCAUCUUUUCAGGCCCCUAAGACAGUGUUACCCUCACAGAUUCCACCUGUAAUCCCAGUGGCUUCCAAGGAGCUGCAACCCCCUCUAGGGAGAACUCCACCUUCUAGCAAUCCAACUCCUCCACAUUUGACAUCAGAGACCCUUAAAACAGAGAUUCAGCCUCUUAUGGGCAAAACUACACCUAAUUUUAACCCUACUCCUACAAUUUCAGUGUCAGAAUCACUUGAAACAGUGCCCCAACCUCCUGCUGGGAAAAGUCCACCUUCUGUCACUCCUACAGCAUCAGAGGCUCCCAAAACAGAGGUUCCGCAUCCUCCAGGUGAAGUUAGUUCAAAAACAAAUGUGGAUGUUCCUACAACUGCUUCACAGCCUGAGCCUCCCAAAUUUGGCUUAAAGCUUGAUCCUCUGGCAUCAUCUGUCCUUACCACAGGUCUAUCAACUGGUUUGGCAUCAGGAGACCAGCCCAGUUUGAACAACUUUGGAAGUCCUGCAUCUACUAUGGCUCUGAAUUCUCAACCUCAACUGCCAUCUGCUAGUAAUAUUCUUUUUGGAGCACCAAUCUCAACCUCGGAUAGUGCUAGUGGAAAGAAUGAAAGUUUGGAUGUUGCAGUUACAGAAGAGGAUGAAAUGGAGGAGGAGGCUCCUGAGAAUAGCCGCACAAAUGAACUUAAUUUGGGGAAUCUUGGAGGUUUUGGGAUUGGUGCAACCCCUAGCGCUACUGUUCCUAGAGCAAAUCCAUUUGGUGGUCCAUUUGCCAGCACAGUAUCAAAUGUAGCGAGCUCUUCGUUGACCAUGACUGUUCCUAGUGGAGAGCUCUUUCGACCUGCUUCUUUCAACUUCCAAGCCCCACAGCCUUCCCAACCGUCUCCACCAACAAAUAUGGGUGCAUUCGCUGGUGGCUUUGGUACAGGACCAGUUGCUCAAGCUCCUGCUCAAAGUCUGUUUGGGCAGCCAGCACAGAUUGGACCAGGACAGCAAGCUCUGGGAUCAGUUCUUGGCACUUUUGGGCAGUCUAGACAUUUUGGAACUGGCUUACCUGGAAGUGGUUUUGCUUCUACCAGUGGUUUUGGUGGUGGCUUUGCUACUAGUAGUUCAACAAGUGGCUUUGCAAGUGCUGCAACUGCUGGCGGGUUCGCUGGUGUUGCAUCCACAGGUGGUGGGUUUACUGCUUUGGCUUCAUCUGCUGUAGGAUUUGCUAGUGCAGGCGGUGGAUUUGGUAGUGUAGCAUCUGGUGUUGUAUUUGGUGGUGUGGCUUCUGGCAGCAGUGGCUUUGCUGGUUUGGCUUCAGGCGGAGGUGGAUUUCCACCAGCAACCUCGAGCGGUGUAGGCUUUGCAGCAGUGCCUGCUUCUGGUAGUGGAUUUCCUACAGCAAGUAGUGGAUUUGAGGCUUUCGGCAGCCAACAAGGUACUGGCGGUUUCUCAGCCUUUUCGGGCAAUGCAGGAGGCAGCCAACAAGGAAUUGAUGGUUUCUCUGGUUUCAGUGGUAACGCAGGAGGAACAGGAAAACCACCAGAGUUGUUCACGCAGAUGAGAAAAUAG